GAGAGAGCAGAGGAACGAGGCUGCUUCAUGCUGCUGUCCUUGCCGCCUUUGUUGAACGGAACGUCGUAACGCAUCGGUCCAAAAAGGAUACAUAAUUAUCACGGAUUCGUUAAGGAGGAGAUAAAAUCCAUAUCCAUGUAUCCAAACGAGGGCUCGGGGGUGCUUUUGUUGUCGCUCCUGGCAGCGUUUCAGAUCUCCACGGAAGGCAGAGAAGCCUCCCUCUGCAGACCUGGAUUUACAGAGGACGUGUACCACGCAGCCAUAUCCGGGGGGGUGACUGAGGGACAGCCUCUCUUCAACGUGAGAUUCCUUGACUGUGGAAAAAACAGACGACUACAGUUCGAGAUCAGCGAUCCUGUCCACUUCCGAAUAAAGGCUGAUGGCCUGGUCUAUGCCAUAAAGACUUUCCAAAUCUCAAUCAAUCAGACCAUGUUUCUGAUAAUCAAGGCCCGAGAUGCUGACUCUCAGGAACAGUGGAAGUCAGAGGUGAAGCUAUCUUCUAAGCCUGGUGUAAGUCAGCAGGAGAUCCAGGAGAUCCUGUUUCCACGGCAGCAGCCAGGUGAUGGCAGCGGCCUGAAACGCAUGAAGAGAGAUUGGGUCAUCCCCCCCAUCAAUGUCCCCGAAAACUCCAGGGGACCCUUUCCCCAGGAGCUCGUCAGGAUCCGAUCGGAUCACGAUAAAAGCCGGUCCCUGCGGUACAGCGUCACUGGGCCCGGAGCGGACCAACCUCCCACCGGAAUCUUCAUUAUUAAUCCAAUUUCGGGAGAAGUGUCCGUGAGAAACCCGCUAGAUCGGGAGCAGAUAUCCAACUUUCACUUGAGGGCCCACGCAGUCGACCUGAAUGGCAACCAGGUGGAGAACCCCAUCGACAUCGUCAUCAACGUCAUCGACAUGAACGACAACCGGCCUGAGUUCAUCCACCAGAUCUGGAACGGGACAGUACCGGAAGGCUCCAAGCCCGGGACCUUCGUAAUGACCGUCACCUCGAUGGACAAGGAUGACCCAAAGACCUCCAACGGAAUGCUGCGUUACAAGAUCCUGUCCCAGAAUCCUGAGAGCCCCACCUCCAACAUGUUCACCAUUAACAACCAAACAGGAGGCAUCAUUACGGUGGCAGCAGGGCUGGAUCGAGAGAAAGUGCCACAGUACACCUUAAUAAUUCAAGCCACCGACAUGGAAGGAAACCCCAUGUACGGGCUGUCGAACACGGCGACCGCUGUCAUCAAAGUCACGGACAUCAACGAUAACCCUCCAGAGUUCACCGCCGACACCUUCUACGGGGAAGUGCCCGAGAACAAGAUUGGCGUGACCGUGGCCAACCUUGCCGUGACGGACAAGGAUCAGCCCAACACGCAAGCCUGGAACGCCGUGUACAAGAUCACCGGUGGAGACCCUACAGGACGCUUCACCAUCCCCACCGACCCCACCACUAACGAGGGCCUAGUCACCGUCGUCAAGCCGAUCGACUAUGAGACCAGCAGGACAUUUGUGCUCACCGUGGUGGCGGAGAACCAGGCAUCCCUGGCCAGAGGCAUCCACCUCCCCCGCCAGUCCACCGCCACCGUCUCCAUCAAAGUCAUCGAUGUCAACGAGAGCCCGUACUUCGAGCCCAACCCCAAGCUCCUGAAGCUGGAGGAGGGUCUGCCGGCUGAAUCAGUGCUCAGCACCUUCACCGCCCAGGACCCCGACCGCUUCAUGCAGCAGAACAUUCGGUACUCUAAACUCUCUGAUCCAGCAAACUGGCUCAGGAUAGACCCCGCUAAUGGGCAGAUAUCCACCAUCGCCAUGCUGGACAGGGAGUCACCAUACGUGAAAAACAACUAUUACAUCGCCACUUUCUUAGCAACAGACACCGGUGUGCCCCCAGCGAGCGGAACGGGCACGCUGCAGAUCAUCCUGCUGGACAUCAACGACAACGCACCCCACAUCUUCCCCUCGCUGGUGGAAGUGUGCGAGAAGCCAGAGCCCAACGCCAUCAAUCUCACCGCCAUUGACCACGACCUCAACCCCAACGCCGGCCCCUUCGCCUUCGAGCUGGCCUUCUACCCGUCCGACAUCCGCAAGAACUGGACCGUCACGCGGCUGAGCGGAGACUACGCACAGUUGAGUCUGAAGGUUGCCUUCCUGGAGAGCGGUAUAUACGACGUGCCCAUCAUCAUCACAGACUCAGGGAGCCUGCCCAUGUCCAACACCUCGUACCUGCGGGUGAAGGUGUGUCAGUGCGACCACAACGGCGAGUGUGCGGAUGUGCAGCGCAUCAUCGCCGCUGGGCUGGGCACCGGAGCCAUCAUCGCCAUCCUGCUCUGCAUCAUCAUCCUCCUCAUCCUGGUGCUGCUGUUCGUGGUGUGGAUGAAGAGGAGGGAUAAGGAGCGGCAGGCCAAGCAGCUGCUGAUCGACCCCGAGGACGACGUGCGCGACAACAUCCUGAAGUACGACGAGGAGGGUGGCGGAGAGGAGGACCAGGACUAUGACCUGAGCCAGCUCCAGCAGCCCGACACGGUGGAGCCCGAUGGUGUCAAGCCCGUGGGAAUCCGCCGUAUGGACGAGAGGCCCAUCCACCCCGAGCCGCAGUACCCCGUCCGGUCCGCCGCUCCCCACCCGGGCGACAUUGGCGAAUUCAUCAACGAGGGGCUUAAGGCCGCAGACAACGACCCCACAGCGCCCCCCUACGACUCCCUGCUGGUGUUCGACUACGAGGGCAGCGGCUCCACCGCCGGCUCCCUGAGCUCGCUCAACUCCUCCAGCAGCGGGGGCGACCAGGACUACGAUUACCUCAACGACUGGGGGCCGCGCUUCAGGAAGCUGGCAGACAUGUAUGGAGGCAGCGACGACUAAUUUAACAAACAAAAUGUUGAAGAAAAGAGAGCAGAAAAGGAUGUGGCUUCGUUUGGGGGGAACAGGAACAAAAAAAGUAAAUUAAACCAUGUUCCCGAAGAGAGAUCCAACAACGGUGAUGGGAAUAUAAAAAAUAAAAAAAAGGAAAUUUUAAAAAGAGGCUUAACGCAGUCCACUUGCGCACCCGCUUGUCAGAGGCUUCGACGCGGUCUUGCUUGUCCGGUUUGUGGUCGAAGGGGCACAUCGGGAGAACUGACUCUGUUUGGAUGGUUGAUAUUUAGGGCGCUCAGUUACACUUGAAUUUCACAGUACAGAAGCACUGGGAGUUUAUGUGCCUUUUUGUACAACUUUGGAUCUGAAUGAUUAGUUUUAUGUUCAAGGCUUUAAUGGUACUGACGUUUGGAGUGAUUUCAAAACUUAAAGAGAGUAUGUUAAACUACAGUAUGCUUCUACAUGCUUUUUUUGGUUACACCAUACUGCUGUUUGUUGAAAACAAUUAUUUAAAUGACAAAAAAAAAAAAAAAAAGAAGGAAUAUUUGUUAGCUUGGACGGGAUGAAACAUCUGAGAAUGGCAAUGUACAGUUCGCUAGACUUUUAGAUAGUUUUUUCACUAAAAAAAUUGAAACUUAUGCAGCUGGUUGCAAAGGGAGUCAUACAUCAUAAUUUUGUAGAGGAAUAAGUUUUGUUUUUCUGAAGUGGUAUAGUAUUUUACACAAACAUAUGUAUUUUGUUCUAAUCCAUGUCCACUUUCUUUGCCUUAGUCACCCUCUGAAACUUUGAUUUUUACUUCACUGUAAAGAAAUUGUGUGUACAUAAUGUUUAUUUUUUUCUUUCUUCAUCAUUUUCAACGUAGUCUACAAUGUGCAAAAAGUUCAGAACUUGUAAAUGUAUAAUUUGGACUACAGGUUUUUUGCAUGUUUUUAUCUUUUCACUAUAAAAAAGGUAUUUCCAAAAUUUAUUUACAAAAAAAAAGACAUUGCAAAACUGGGUGACAUAUAAAGAGUAGAAGGUAAGUCUUUUGUAUAAAAAAAAUAAAAUGUGAAAAAAAGUCUAAUCAGCACAACCGUUUGAAUUUGUACCAAAAAAGGGGGGUGUUAUGACACCAAUGUUGCUAAUAACAGCUUUAAGACUGGAAAGUUUUGUUUUUUUGUCAGAAGGUUUGUGGAUAAUAUUAUGUACCAGAAUACAAGUGACAUCUCUGAUCCCAACCCUCCAAAUAAAAUGCUAAUUUUGGA